UAACAGAAACCAGAUACAUAAAUUACGGGGGCUCAAACACUCAAAUAAUCCGCAAAAAAAGUGAUGUACAAUGGGCAAUAAUGGCGAUACAGUGAUCAUGGCGGGAGUAAAGGUUUUGAAGAACGCGAAUUCUCAUAAGGUGGUUAAGAGAAAAAUGCGGCCGAGGGCAUCAAAGAUAUCCGUUGCUCUCCUGAAUGUCAUCGAAGACGCAGAGAAGAACCUGAAGGUUCCACGAGUGAAGUCAUGGUUUCAAGGCAUUAAAGAUCUAUGCUAUGAGUUAAUUGGUGUUUCAGAAGAAUUUGAGCUACUGCAACAGGCGAAGAAGUUACACUUUCUAGGCCUCUCACUCCCCCCACGCCCCAAGAAGGGAAACCCUGAGGCGAGCAGCAUCAUUUGUGAUUUUGAGGCCUUAAUUGAAGAAGUCAGCGAGUUGCAACUUAGUUCGAGUCCGAAUUCAGUACCCAAGGAGGCUGAGCAACUUGGUUCGCGUUCGGAUCCAGCACCCGACGAGGCUGAGCCGGAGCCAUUAGAUCUGCAUUGGCCCGCAGUUCCCUCAAAUGACGAAGAACCCAUGAUUGGUCGAGAUGCUGAAAUUCAAGACUUAAUUAGAAAGUUGACUAAGGAAUCUCAUAGAUGCAUAUGUCUUGUUAGAGAAGAGGUUGGAAUGGGAACGACCGCGCUGGCCCGACAUGUCUACAACAGUACUCAAGUGAAAAGUAAAUUUCAUUUCAUGGCAUGGGUAACUGUCUCUCAACAAUUCAAUGUGAAGCGAAUUGUUAAGUCUAUGCUGGAAUUCGCUCCUGAAACACCAGAGAAAUACGCCGGCAAUGAAUUUGAAUUAUUGAAACUUGAGCUUCAUAAGUUCAUAGAGGACAGGGAACUCCUUCUUGUUCUGGAAGACGUCAGCCACCUAGAUUCGAACCACUUGUCAGAUCUAAUGAACGUGCUUCGUAGUUCCUUUCGCAGAAUUUUGAUUAUCUAGAGAUUCUGGACGGGAAGGCGAGGGCGCCUUGAGAUGCAAAUUGAAGAAAGAAAUGCAUGAAUUUAUCCAAGAUCUUGCGCGUAACGAAUGCCGCAUAAUGCUUCCUGGUGAAGAGUCCGGAGACAACGACGCUGUAACAGAGCCUGCUCGUUAUCGUCAUUUUACCCGUCAUUGUACCCUGUAUCUUGAAGAUAAAACCUCUUUCCUAGAUUCAAUUGACAAUGGAGGUAAACUCAAGGCAGAUAAGCUACACACUCUAAUGGUUUUGUCCAAGUUUUCCGACAUGGAUCCAACAAAUCUUGCCAACAGUCUACCUCGUAUGAAGAGGAUCAGGGCGUUGGAUUUGAGCGAUUGCCCAAUAGAAAAGCUUCCAUCGAAGGCAACUGAACUGCUACAUCUAAGGUACCUUAACCUGUCUUUCAAUCAUAAGCUAAAGGAGUUGCCUUCUGAAAUAAGUAAUUUGCUUAAUUUGCAAACUUUAAAUCUCAACGGAUGUAAAACUGAAAUUUCUGAAGCUACAAGAGCUGAUCUAAAGAACAAGGAAAAUCUGCUUGGCUUGGAACUGUGGUUUUCUAUCGUAGGAUCGAAGGCCAACGAUCAAGUCCUACUUGAUAGCUUAGAAGCACCUCCUCAAUUGCAAUCCCUUGGAAUAUUUGACUACGGAGGAAGUUCAUUCCCCAACUGGAUGAUGGAAUUGAACAAACUAACACACCUAAAGCUUCAUAGAUGUAGUAAAUGCAAUGUUUUGCCCCCUUUAGGGAAACUCCCAUUCCUUGAAUCACUUGAGAUCACGAAUAUGCCUAAUGUGGAGACGGUAGGUGUUGAAUUUCUGGGAAUAGAAUUAAACCAUGAGGAUGCUGUCAACGAAGGCUCCUCACCUGAUGCAGUUGCAUUUCCCAGAUUGAGAAAGCUUCACUUCAUAAAGUUGGAUGAGUGGAAAGGAUGGAUUGGAAUCAAUGUUAAUGGUGGAGACAAGAAGAUUAUGCCUCAACUGUCUUCUUUGUCAGUUGUAAACUGUGAAAAGUUAGAAUCACUUCCUGACUACAUAAAGAAGAAGGAAAAUCUGAAACCAGUUAUUGAAAGAUGUCCUUUGCUACCAGAAAACUAAAAGGCGCAAGAAUAGAUGAGGAGCUUGGAUUUCAAGAAACAAAGCAGAUUAAGGUCCAGUUUAGUGUGUUCAAAAUCUGCAACCACUGUGGAGUCUCCAAAUAAUGUUGCACAGAUGUGGGUUUUCAACUUUUCUGUGCUCUAUAUUAAAAAGGCUCUUAAGAAGUUGAAGAUGGAAGGUCUCUGGUGCUGGUGCCGAAAUUAAACUCCAGUUUUUCAAUAAAUUGUUUCCAGAGAAUAUUGCACAGCAGCACAGAUGUGUGAUUUCAACUCAGUUUGGCAAACAUCUAAUUUUGAUACUAUGAUCAUGAUGUAAUAAGUUAUGGCAAUGUGCUUGCAUGACUAUUAAGUUUGCUAUGACUAUUAAGUUUGCUAUCUAUAUUCUGUGAGAUUUCACUGUAAUUUUCCUCUUUCCAUGUUUGUGUUCCUCAGAGAACUUGUAAGUUGUAACACCAUGUGUGUAUAAUUUCGUAGCAUUUUCAGUUUGAAGUAAAAUUGGUGGCUGUUCUGUUUUCU